GUCGUAUGCAUUAUUUAUUUAUGUUGCCUUGAACUUUUAUUCAGCAUCUAUAAUUCUACAUAACAUUAACAAUAACAUUUCUUACUAAGUUAUUCCCCUUUGUCGAAAUACCUUAUUUGUAACUCGUCUGGAUCUAGUUAUAUCAACAGGAUGUUAAAUUUAAUACACUUUUCAUAUGAAAAGUUGGUUCAUUUCUUUAUAAGUCUUAUAUUGGUACUAUGCAUAUUGAAAAAAAUGAACAUAACACUUUCAGAUAGGUUUCAUUUGCUGGUAUUGGCUUCAAUGUAUAGGCCUAACUACUGGUAUUGUACUGGUACUGCCUAGUGGUAUAAAAUGUAUAAACUUCUCCAUCACCAACUAUUCUAAGGUUAAAUCUAGCUUAUAGUUUGUCAUUUCUUGAAUCAUUGGACUUUCAUAUGUUAACCAGCAUGAAAGGGGAAUGAUAUUUGUUGAUAUGCUUUAAUUUUCAUUGAUUGUUUGUAACAUUAAUGGUUAUGAAAAAAUGCUUCAUUUCAGUCUAAUGGGAAAACACAGAAACAUUGAAGAAUAUAUAAGACAAACUGCAGCAAAAGAAAAACAGAAAAUAAAAGAAUCUGUUUUAGAAGGACACGCUCAAAAUCUCCAGGAGGGAAUGGUGCCUUUCUUGUUGCAGGAACACAUAGUGAAACUGACAGGAAAAAGACACAUACAGCUUCUCCUGACAAAAAUUCUGCCUGUGCAGGAUUUGGGCAGAAACAUUUAAGAGAAUUGUAUUCUGCAGCUGAUAGAAAAGACUUGGAGGAUAACAUGAGUCCAGCUGAACGAAACACAAGGAGCAGAAAACGUAAAAUGAGCAAAACCAAAGGAGCCAGGAUAAAACUUCAUAAGACAGAGGAAACAAUUGGCCAAGUACAAGCCCACUCAGCUUCAAAUUUGAGAUAUGCUCUUAGAUCAGCACAACAACAAAAAGAACAGCAUGCAAGAAAUGCAAUUUCCAGAAUUGCUAGUAAUCGAAUGACAAAACGACUUGGACUAUUUAAUCAAGGAAAAAAAUCAGAAACAAUAUUGAGAGCAGCUUAUACAUUGAAUGGAAGGCAGAGAACAGCAGAGGAAGAUCUACAAGAAUUUCUAAAUAAAAGUCCAACAGCCACACGAUCCAAUGAAGCAGACAGACUCAGCUCUCAUCUGUUAAGCAAUGGUAGGUCAAAGGAAAAUGAGGUGGUCAGAGUGAGAUCUGCAGAUGUGAGUGGACCAGAGACAGGAUACAGGAGUGCCCCUAGUACUUUACACUCCAUCACCCCGGCCUCUAUACAAAGGGUGUCUGCUCCACAAAGCAUUAGGAGCCUUGUCAGCAGCUGUAGUUCAGGAGGGAAAGAAGAGCAUCUGCCUUCAUUGGAAGAAACUGUGGAUAAAGUUUUGUCUCGAAUAAAGCCAGAGAUUAUAUUUCCUGACAGAGUAGAUUUUGUCCAAGAAACUACAGAUGAGUUGAGGAGAAUAAUGAGAAUAAAUGCACCAAGGUCCUACACCCCAACUCCUUUACUAAGGACAUGCUCAUCUGUGAAAAGAUCUCUAUUGACCGGAUAUCCCACCCCUAGAAAAGAUAAAAGUACGGAAAAAAAGCCUGUUCCAAAGCAUUUAACAUUAUCAAAUGCUGGCAAUUCCAACCCUAGGGAGGAAGUAAACCAUCAGAAAGCUACAUUACAGAAGGAGCCUAGCACCAAUGAGUCCAUGGUGUUUAGCAGUAGUCCUUUUCAACUGGGAAAGAGGCAGUUUCAACCCUGUUUCCAUGAUCUGACAGAUAUUCAAAGCGAUGCACAGACUCUGCUGCAGUGCCAUGACCAGGUGAUUGCUCAGGCUAAGCGUCACACAGAGCAAUCGACCAUAACACGUGAGGAGAUCUCACUAGAGGACCUGUAUAAUGCUGAUGGUCUAGACAUCCUUAAGAAACAUGAUGAACAAGCAAAGAAGCUGCUAAACCAAGGCUGGCGGGGGGAUAAGGAAAAUAUCGAGGGGAGAUAUUGGAGGAGAGAGGAGAGGAUCAGUUGGAGAGAGGAAGGUAAAGAUUGGAAAAGAGGCAAGGAGGGGAAUUUUUGGAGGAGUGAGGAGGGAAACAAUUGUAGAGACAGGGACGGGAACAAUAGGAGGAGAGACAAGGUGGAGAAUUCCUGGGGAAACUUAUUCCCUGAGAUGCCAGAGGCAAGGUUUUCAUCACAGGGUUCUUCAGUGUCCUCGGGAUACCAAGGCAGUCAGAUCCUGAGGGACACAAAAAACUGCAAAACUGAAAUGAUACCAACUUACUCUGGACCAGCACAGUUCUCUGGGUUUAUGCCUCAGUUCCAUGAUCAAGACUAUUACAAUGGAAACCACACAAGUGGAAUGUCUAGUAAAAUAAAAUCCUUGGAUAUCCUAGAAAUUCUAGACAACACAGAAGCACCUCAUUCUCUUGGUUCUUCAAGGCAGGAAAAUUACUCUGCGUCCUAUUCAAACAGAUUACCACACCGAGACAUCAUUGACAACCUGACAGUAGACCCCGACAUCAUUAGUAUGCAGUGUGGAGAGAGCACUAGUCAGAAGAGAAGGUCCCCUCAGAGGGCCUCACAGGAGGAGUACCACUUCUGUCUGAAGAAACCCAGCCUGGACACGCCCAGUCCUCCUGAUGAACUCUUUAAAAAGCACAGCCUCAUUCCUUAGGGAUGUAAUGUCACAUAAAGAGCUCUCUGUCAUGUUUUGUCCACCCUAACAGAAUUACUUUGUUGAGUGGCCAAGUGUUUGACUAUACACGUAUGGUUGUGACUGUAAACCUACCGGGUACCAAAAUCUGAAACUUUCCCACAAACACUUGCUCUUGUUAUAUGCAUGUAUGUUCUCAGAGCUGAAUACAUGUAGACAACAAUGUUUUAAACAGAUCAACUAUAUCCUUAAUUUUGAUUUCUUUUGUUGUCUGUUUUUUAGCUUGAAGUUAUCAUCACAAUGAAAUGGUUCAUCUC